AUCAUCGAACAAAAGAAAAGAAAACAUAUUUUGUGCGCAGUUUCACGUUUGUAAACAAAUGUGAACAUGCCAGCAGGUCGACGAAUAUUUUCUAGAAUGCAAACAAACACAGUGUACCCCACGAGUGCACAUAAAACGCUGUCUUCUUGCGAUGACCGAGAUGCCAACAUGAUUCCAUUGGCCACGAUGGCGGUGCUUCCAAGGCACUCGCACAUCCCAGAUAUCGAGUGUGACCUGAACAUCUCAUUCGAGGCCAUGCUGUACAUAUUUGGUGUCAUUGCCAUGUGUCUCCAGUACAUCAACCUCUACAAGACCGUCUGGUGGCUACCACACUCCCACUCCACUUAUGCUUUGAAUUUCUACCUUAUUGAUCCCUAUCUUGUGGUGUUUCUGGGAAUUUUGAUGAGUAGAAGACUUAUUGGGUGCUUUGUACAAGAGGUUCAUGGAUAUAGAAGCCGUCAUGGUGUACUGUACAUGACGACCCAGAUAUGUACAGGUUUCGUCGUAUCUGCAGCUGUCCUGAUGCUCUUAUACACAGGAUAUCAAGUCCUGAAAAAUUAUUCAUGGCUCUACUGCUUGUUUUUGUGUUGUCCAAUCGUUACAUAUUUAUUUCUUUUUGGACCUUCGUUGAAGCCACUGUACCAAAAAUCCUUAAACUGGCCUUCUGCAGUGUCAGAAAUCCUGACACCAAAAACUAAAUCAAACCCGGACAAAGAGCCAACACUAUUCCACAGCUGUGUGCUUACACCGGACAUAAUACGAGAUGAGGUGGAAAUGCUGAAAGUCGACUUUAACAACCGUGUGAAACAGAUAUUAUUUAACUCGAUGCUGACAGCUUACUACAUGACAUUCGUGCCUCUUUGUUUUGCACAGCAUAUACAGAAUAACUGCGAAACUUGUUGGAACACAUUAUUCUACGACACAUGGUGGGUGGGCCAACACGUGUUCCUCACAUGGUUGAGUUCGUUCCUCAUGCUGUGUGCACAUUUCCUGCCACCCAAGUACCUCGAUCUGAUGCAUCGCUGCUCUCAACACCUGGGCCGAUGGCAGAAAGUUGAAGGUCGAAAUGCUCAUGUUCCAUAUAAUGCUUGGUCUGAGCUACAAGUGUGGCCCCAGGGAGCAUUGGUGAAGCAUGUACGAGGUCUCUUCAAGGCAGAGGGGGUCAACAUAACAGCAGAGCCUGGCAACAGCAUGCAUGGGAGGUUUCAUUUUCUCUUCCAUCAUCCAUUGCGUGUUCUCAAUUGGAUGCUGAUCCUUACCUGGUUGCUGGUUGGUUACCAGUUCUUCUGCCUUCUUCAGUGCAGCGAAUGGAACCACAUCAUCUGUAUAGCGUUAUUGCUCUUCUGUAAUUAUUAUACGCUUUUUAAGCUGCUUAGAGAUAGAAUUAUUUUGUCAAAAACUUACAAAGAAGAUGAUGUUGGACAGAAUUAAGUGUUGAUGUGUUCAUAGUUUCAACUUACUAUAUAUUGUGUUGUAUGGAGUCCUUAAUAUUUAUUAAUUUUGUAGAAUGCUUUCUUUAAAGUAAGUCAUAAUUUAAUACCAAAUAUUAUUUGCUUUAACUUGUCAUUUUAGCCAUGUUAUAAAAAAAAAUUGCCAACUUCCCUUGCGUUUUAGCAAGAAAAACUUGUAUUCAAGUACAAUGUUUGUAACUCUUGGGCCAUUUUUAAACAUUGGCAGAUUUGGUGAAUAGCCAAUUAGGCCUUGUAAAAAAAUCAGGCUUUCAGUUUACCUACCUUUGAAAUGUACCAAAAAGGAAAAAAAGGAUUUUUGCUGUUGUUGUUUGUUGUUGUGCAUGAGAAAUAUUAGCGUACUUACACUGCCCAUUAUUAAUCUUACAUGUAUGUUGUUAUUGUGUUAUCUCAAGAUCUAUUUGUUAAAUAUACUUAAUUUUAUGAUUUAAAAGGAAUUUUGCUUGGGGUGCUGAAGGAUGUAUUAUAUUUAAUCCUUGAUAUAAAAGUUAAUAGUAACUGCUUUUAAAUUAUACAUGUUUAUUUCAUUGCUUAUAAUAUAUACUUAGACAAGGAUUUUUAAUACUGCGCUUACAAACACUAUUUACAGAACCAUGAUGACUUACAUUACAUGAAAAUUUAAUUUUACAAGUUAUUUAUUUUUUUAGUCAAGUUUGCAAACAUAGGAUUGUUUUUUUGGCUCACCUACACACAAAGAGCUCAAUAUGAGUAGUUGUGGUCAAUAUAUGUAGAGUGACCUGUGGUCUCAUUUUUUAGCUCGGCUGUUUUCGGAGAACCCGAGGUAUUGUCAUAGCCAGCUCGUCGUGUCCGCGGUCCGUGUCAAGGUUUGUAAAGGUUUUUAACAUUGGCUCUAAAAUCAAAGUCCUUCCACCUACAACUUUGAAACUUCAUAUGUAGAUGCACCUUGAUGAGUUCUACACGCCACACCCAUUUUUGGGUCACUAGGUCAAAGGUCAAGGUCACAGUGACCUCUAAAAAAAAAUCUGACCAGCUUUCGCAGCCGAGCGUGUCACCCGUUAUGCGGUGCUCUUGUUUACUCUUUUUGCCACUAGAGCUCACAUUUCAUUGUCACAUAAAUGCCAAAAUGCCUCAGUAGUUAUAAUCAAAUCUAAUAAUGAUCUUGAAAAGUAGAUGUAGUUUCAGUAACAUUGUUGUUAGAUAUUAAAUCACUGAUGUGCAGUGAUUGUUUUUAUCUCAUAUGAGCCAUGUCAUGCAAAAUAUCUUAUGCUUAUGUGCAAGCUUGUCAGGAACUAGGCUGGCUGCAUGUCACAUAUGUGGAACUAGGCUGAUUGCAUAUGUCACAUAUGUGGAACUAGGCUGAUUGCAUAUGUCACAUAUGUGGAACUAGGCUGAUUGCAUAUGUCACAUAUGUGGAACUAGGCUGGCUGCAUAUGUCACAUAUGUGGAACUUGGCUGAUUGCAUAUGUCACAUAUGUGGAACUAGGCUGGCUGCAUAUGUCACAUAUGUGGAACUAGGCUGGCUGCAUAUGUCACAUAUGUGGAACUAGGCUGUCUGCAUAUGUCACAUAUGUGGAACUAGGCUGGCUGCAUAUGUCACAUGUGG